AUGAACUACCUGUACUCGACCGUCAACCAGAUACGGGACAAGUACACUCCCGUGUCUCACACCUCGACCUUUCGCAAGACGGGCCAAAUCACCCCAGAGGAAUUCGUCGCUGCCGGCGAUUAUCUAGUCUUCAAGUUCCCGACCUGGCAAUGGGCCGCCGCCGACAACGAGUCCAAGCGCGCCUCUCACUUGCCCGCUGACAAGCAAUACCUCGUCACGCGAAAUGUGCCGUGCCACCGGAGACUCGACGAUGACUUUGCCGGUGAUGCAGGCCACGAGGAGGCCGUGGUGGGCGAUGGCGACGACUUCAAGCUGAAGGGCCAGGGCGACGAUGACGAUGGCUGGCUACGCACCGGUGGACUCAGCAGCUCCCAGCCUCUAAAGGCCAAGGAUGUGCGCACAGUUGAUGACGCGGGCAACGUUGGCAUCAUCGAGGACGAGGAUGAAAUACCCGAUAUGGAAGAUGAGGAUGACGACGACGAGGCGAUCAUCAGGGAUAGCGAUGCCCAGAAGAAGACUGCCUCGCGGCGCACAUAUAACCUCUACAUCAUGUACUCACCGUACUACCGGACGCCCCGACUAUAUCUCUCGGGCUACACGGGUGGCCAACCUCUGGCUCCUCAGGCCAUGAUGGAGGAUAUCGUUGGAGAUUACAAGGACAAGACUGUCACUCUCGAGGACUUCCCGUUCUUUGCCAACGCAGUCAAAAUGGCCAGCGUACAUCCGUGCAAGCACGCCUCGGUCAUGAAAACGCUACUGGACCGCGCAGAUGCAGCACUGAAGAUCAGGCGCGACAAGCUCAAGGCAGGCAAGAAUGUUGGUCAUGAUGCAGGCAUGGAAGGCUUGGUGGAUGAGAUCAACAAGCUUGAUGUCAAGAGCGCAGAAGCUGCCGCCGCUGAGUCUGGUAGCAACGACGAGUGGGAAGAAGUCGAAGCUGAGGAGCAGGAUGUUGCGAUUCGCGUCGACCAAUACCUGGUCGUAUUUCUCAAGUUCAUGGCCAGUGUCACACCUGGCAUCGAGCAUGACUUUACCAUGGGCGUCUAA